UGUGAUAUUACAGUGGUGUUUCCUUCAUCUGUCAGGCACAGAGGUAAAAAUCAAUGAAUUUCAGAAAAUAGGCCAAAAGUCUGUUUUGAAAUGGAAAUGGGAAGCCUAAAAGAUCUGCCGUGUGGUUCUUUGAUUUCCAGUGAAGGUUUUCUUGGAGGAAUGAUAAAUCUCCAUUUUCUGUCCUCUGCAUGAGCAUAGUGGUAAAAAUUUGGAGCAAGGAGUGGAAAGAAUGAAAGGCUGCUAGCAAGAGAUGAGUAAGAAGGAAUAGGGGUCACUGGAAAGCUAUAUAAAGAUGGGAAAAAUGAUCCUAGAGCUUGGAAGACGAGCCAGGCAGCUACAAGUGAUGUCAGGCAUGCUGGGUUGUGUUGAAAUGUGAAGCAGGCAUUUGAAGAUAAUGCUUUUGGAGAAGGAGGAGUAAUUUCCAGGGUGGUGUGUGAAGGCUGAGUUUGGACGCAUGGGCGCACAAAAAGACAAAAUCGACUCGUAAGAGCACGUGGAGUGCAGCUUAUCUGCUCUGUCUUGGCUGUGAGCAAAUGCCAGCAUGACUGGGAUCUGAGGAGGCAUCUCCGUGUUCUUACCAGAAGUUUGUGGCUCCAGAGGAGGGGUGCAAGGACAGCAGGAACAUUUUGAGCUAAAAUGGAUAUCCCCACCGAUUUGGUGCCAUCCUCCAUGAUGUCACAGCCUGAGGUGAUCGAGUCCACAGCCAUGAGUGAACCACAGUGCUACUACAAUGAAACCAUUGCCUUCUUUUAUAACCGGAGUGGAAAAUAUCUAGCCACUGAAUGGAACACUGUCAGCAAGCUCGUAAUGGGCUUGGGGAUUACCGUCUGCAUCUUCAUCAUGCUAGCCAACCUCUUGGUUAUGGUGGCUAUUUAUGUCAACCGCCGAUUCCACUUUCCUAUUUAUUACUUAAUGGCCAACUUAGCCGCCGCAGACUUUUUUGCAGGGCUGGCCUACUUUUACUUAAUGUUCAACACGGGACCUAAUACUAGAAGACUGACUGUAAGCACCUGGCUUCUCCGUCAGGGUCUCAUUGACACUAGCCUGACAGCCUCUGUGGCCAAUCUGCUGGCCAUCGCCAUCGAGCGGCACAUUACAGUCUUUCGCAUGCAGCUACAUACUCGGAUGAGCAACCGGCGAGUGGUGGUGGUAAUUGUUGUUAUCUGGACUAUGGCCAUCGUAAUGGGUGCCAUACCAAGUGUCGGAUGGAACUGUAUUUGUGAUAUCACUCACUGCUCCAACAUGGCACCGCUCUAUAGUGACUCCUACCUGGUCUUCUGGGCUAUUUUCAACCUGGUCACUUUUGUGGUCAUGGUGGUCUUAUACGCUCAUAUCUUUGGGUAUGUCCGCCAAAGGACUAUGAGAAUGUCCAGACACAGUUCUGGACCUCGCAGGAAUCGGGACACCAUGAUGAGCCUCCUGAAGACUGUGGUCAUUGUGCUUGGUGCUUUCAUAAUCUGCUGGACCCCAGGACUAGUCUUGCUUCUCCUUGAUGUGUGCUGCCCACAGUGCAACGUCUUGGCCUACGAGAAGUUCUUCCUUCUCCUGGCAGAGUUCAACUCCGCCAUGAACCCCAUCAUCUACUCCUACCGGGACAAGGAGAUGAGCGCGACCUUCAAGCAGAUCCUCUGCUGCCAGCGCAGCGAGAGCGCCAACGGCCCCACCGAAGGCUCUGACCGCUCGGCCUCCUCGCUCAACCACACCAUCCUGGCCGGCGUCCACAGCAACGACCACUCGGUGGUGUAAAGGCCCCGCCGGCCGCCCCACCGACGGAGCUGCCGCAGGGAGGUAACCCACUCACAAGAUUUUCCCAAACACUAAUGGACCUCAAGCGCUUCUUUUCCAGGGAGCCCGGUGCGGCGCUGUGCCGGCAUCGCCAUUCGGCGAGGCCUCUGCCUUCUGCUUGCGGAAGGUGGAAAAGCAGAGACCUUGCAGCAGAGCUGGCCCCUGGGGAGCCUCGCUGAGACUUCGUCAGCCCUUGCAGCGCCUUGGUGCCAAUCUGAAUAAACUGAUUAAUUAAGCUUAUACCUGCUUCACUGCAUUUACAUGUAGCCACUUAGUCUUUUUAAAAAGGGAGUAAAGGGGAUAAAAGUAUGCCUUUCAUUUAAUAGACAUGUAAUAUUUAUCACCAUCAGCAUGCUUUUGAUGAACAUUUUCUGUGCAGGGAGUAAAACUGUGCUGUAGUCUUCGUAUCCUUAGCCACACUGCCAUAACUACAGUAAGAGCAAAAGUAUUUUUUCUAAUACAGGCAACGGGAAGAUGAUGGGAACUGACUCUCCUUACCUUCGUUACUGGUGUUAGAAAGCAUGCAUGUUCUGUGUGUAUGCGCGUUGUUCUAAUUAUGGGGGGAAACAAGCGUUGUAAAGUCUGCAGGAAAGUAGAAAAGCGUAGACUGUAUUCCAGUGUUUGUUUAGAUUAUGAAAUAAACAGUACUCUAGUCACAAGGUAUUUAAUGUUCUUCUUUGAAGUGUGAUAUGAAAUGUGUAACGUGUGAGGGGUCCCAAGUUUUUCAGGGUCAAGUUCUUAAGGCAGGACACAUCUCUAGGACUACAGUCAUGUUGGUAAGCCUGAAAAAAAAAUGGAUUUUUUUUUGCUGAUUGAAUGCUUUUCUUGCUUGUGAUGAAAGGGAGUGAGAUUUUUGACACGAGAAAAAGCACACUGUUUAAGAAGAUACUUGUAAUGGGAAACGAAACAACUUCUGUGUCUUGCACUGAGAAAUGUUUAUGGGGUAUCUCUUAGUUUACUUACCUUGCAUUUUAAAAGCAGUGGGCUAUUAGAAACCAAGGUACAAUUAUACUUUGUAAAGUCAAAACCAAAUAUUUAGUAGCCUAUUGCAAAUGACUGAACUUUUCUAUCUAUAAUAGCCACACUUGCACAUUGUUAUGAAAAGCUAAGCUAACGGAUGUAUUUUUUUUGUAUGUGGAUGUUUCAAAGAGAAAUGCCACUAACAUGAAUGCCACUUCCCAAGAAUCAAAGAUGUUAGUCAAAAUUCCUUGAAGAAAUAAACUGAAGCAAAGAUGGGACUUUGCAGAUAAAGAACUUGGGACCCUUCCCUGAGAAAUUAUAUUCUUCUGACAAUGUAAAAUAUAUCAACGGUAAAUUCUUAGCACUGUUUUCCUUAUAGAAAUAUGCCUCUAUAGCAAAAAAAAAAAAAAAAAAAAAAUCUUAAAAAAAAAAAAACUGAAAAAAAAAAAAAUCUCAGAAAAAUCUGAGGUGUAUCAGUCAGUGUAAUGUACUGGAAUGUAACAUAAGUCACAAUAUUCUCCCAUGUGAGCAGGGAAGAAAUGGAGAGGAGAGAAUCAACCUACCACAAAGCAGAGUUUUUAGCAUCUCUGUUUAGAAUCAUGGGGGGAAAAAAUUGCUUCGAAAAAUUUGACUCCACUGGAUAAAGUGAGAUCUUUGCCACUGCUUUCAGGUAAAACUGAAAUUCACUUGUACGGUUGAGCCAAAUUUUUAAGAGCAGUGUUGAAGGAGAUGUGAGGAAAGGGGAUAGAAGAAGCGCUGUCUGCCAGCUGACCGAGGUAUCCUAUGUGGCACUUCCUUUGGACAAAGCAGAGAUCUUUUUCUGACUGUAUAAAAGCAAGUGAAUCUGAAGGUUGAUUGUGUUUUAUUCACAUGACUCUACUGAGAAAGAGGAGAACAGGCAGAAUUAACUUUUUCAUUUAAAAGCAUCUGCUUGGUAAGCCACUCAUAAAUGUUUCACGGUGCCUGCGUGAUGGUCGGGCUAGUGCAGGUAAGCAGAAGAAAGGAGAGGGGAAGAAUGUCUCCACAGAGAGAGGCAUCUGAGAAACAUAUUUGUUUUAUUUCAGGAGUGCUCCCUGGAUCUAGAGAUAGCACCCUUUCGUGUCCCUUCCUUCCACACAAAAGAGGAACAUCACACACACUUUGUUCUGGGGGAGGUUUAUAUUUUCCCAGCGCCCUUUUAACUGCUCUUUGCAUGUUCUUUUCAGGGUGAGCUGGGAGGGUGAUGUUGAGAAAUAGCAGUUUCAUUCACCCCAGUUUUCUGUGCUGAAAGUGUGUGGUGAUGUUGAAGAAGCAGCGGCUGAAUAAUGUAACCAGAAGCAUGAUUGUCUGCUGGGUCCCAAGGGCCCACAUGAAGAUGGAUGCCUAGCAAGGGUUUUCUUUUCACAUUACAAUUGCAACAGAUGGCAGAUGCUGCCCAGGUACCUCGGUCAGACCUUCUCCAAUGAGACACACUGUUAUUCAAGAAGCUGGACCUGGCCUUUUUAAUUCUUAACAGCAGAUAAAAUUCACUUGUGGGAUAGAUUUACCUGGGAGCACUGCUGGCAGGAUGUGGCUUUUUCUUGUAGAAGGUGAAGUGCGAUGCUUUAGAUCAAAGGCAACAAGAUGCAAAAGUUUCUUCUAGGAUUCCACUACAGGGACUAACUGAGCAUGUGGCUGCUGUUUAAAGAUUUAAUUAGUGCUUUGUUUUAUUGACGUGAUCUCUUCUCUUAUAUCCUUGAGAAAUCUGAUCUGUGGAUUGAGUGUUUCUUUGCAAGCUAAUGAAAUUAAAGCUGCUGUGAGCAAAGAAAAUAAAAUCAAGAGCUUGGACUAGAAGGAUUUUUGCUCUCUUCUUUAGAGUGGCUCCCAUCCCACUUGGUUUUGUCUCGGUUUUUUGGUUUUUUUUAAUUUUUCCAUUCAGGUUUUGCCAUCUUCAUCAUGCAGAUGUACAGUUCACUUUCUGUUAUGUGAGAACAUGGUGCAAAGUACUUAGUGGGAAAAAAAAUGUUCCACUUAUUUUUCUUAUCUCCAAUCCUGCAAAGGGCUUUAGGAGACUUCUUAAAAUACCAACAGUCCUCCCAAGUCAUUAAAAUUCUUCUGUUGCUGGCUGCCUCUGGUCCAAGUAAAUCCUCUUGAAGUUCAAACGUAAAAGUGUUUGUUUCAGCAGUUUUAGCAGUAGGAGUUGUGUAUUAACAGCAAAAUGGCUGAUGAAGUCACUUGCAGGUCAGUGAAAAUGUCUUUUUGCUAUCUCGUUCAUUGAGUAGCAGCACAAGUCUGGAAAGUAAUAGAGAAGAUUGCCCUUGAUUGAGGAAUUUUUAAGUAAGAUUUUAAUUCCUUGUUGCUAUCACAGUCUGGGUGACAGACUGGUUAUGGAGCUAUUAGUCACAGCAUUUAGGUGAAAAGUUGAGAGCAUUCUGUGGCUGCCACAAUGAAUUUCUUGUCACCCUUUUAUUGUUCCACAUUCUCUGGGAUAUGUUGGUAGCUUCAGUCUGGCUGCUGAUUGGGAUGCUGAAAGCUGGGCACCUAACUGACAUGAGGAGGAAAUGUAGACCAUUAAAGAGAUUCUUCAGGGCUUCCUAAAACCGAGCUCACCUGUCCAUAAUGCACCAGUAGCUGGUUUAUUUAAAUAGUUGCCCCAGGGUCAGCUCUUUAACUCUGUCCUCCCUGCAUGUGAAUGCUGCUGUGCCAUUCACUGCCACAAAAGCUGCCAGCAAAAGCUUGCCCUGGUUCAGCAGACAUGCAGUAAGUGUUCAUGAUGCAAAUUAAGUCUGGGUGAUUUGUGUGUCAGAGACAGAAGAAUGUAUUUUUAUGACUGAUAUCUUAGUUUUGCUUCGUCUCCCAAGUAAUUUGUCAGUGUCAGCAUAGGUUUCUCCCUAUAUAUCAUGUAUAUCUCAGGUAGCUCCAAGGAGUUUAUCUUUUGGGCUGUACGUACAGCCACAUCCAGCCCAGGUCACAGGAGCAGUCUGCUAUCGAAAGCUCAAAGCAGCCCUGCCUUAGGAAGCAGGUUAUACAGCUGCUUCUGACCUUCCCAUUGUCUCAGAAGUAUGCUAGCAGAUCCCAGGCUUAACUACUAUAAACCAGCUGGAGUUUCUCUCUGCAAUGCUAUCACCACCAGCCCUGUACAUCCUCACUGCAGUAAUUGCCUAUGUACUAGAACCAUGCUGUUUUUGAAAUAAACACAUUCUUCCCCAAUGGAAAAGAGGACACCAUCAACUGGAGAGACUUUGAUACAAACACUCCAACUCUGUCUUUUACUUAUGGUGAACCAGGUUGAUGCCAAAGUUGAGCAGCAGGGCCAUUUCUCCAGGGCACGGCCUCCACGCUAUCACGCUGUGUUGAGGUGUGACCUCGUCCUGUGGUACCUCUUGGUCUUUUAGGUCCCUCAGAUGGAUUAGGGUUCACAGAGAUCAGCCUGAAAUAACAGUUCAUUUUUCUGCAUUUUGGAGAAAUCACACAUCCAUACAAAUACGGACUUCUUUUUUGGUCAGUUACAUGGCUUGCCUGCAUAACAAUUUGCAAGUGCUGUACUUAACAUUACUAAAUCAGAAUGAAAGCUGACAGAUUAGAAAAGCCUCUGGCACAAGCAUUCUUCAGCAAAGUUUUACCUAUUAUCUCCCCUGAAAUCCUUGUAGGUAACUUGAGAAGUGUGGAAAACAUAGGUAGACAGUCAGGUGAGAAUUGGGUGACUGGCAGGGCUCAAAGGGUUGUGAUCAGCAGCACAGAGUCUAGUUGGAGGCCUGUAGCUAGCACUGUUUCUUUCGGGUAUGUACUGGGUCUGGUCUUGUUGUUUAGCAGGGGGUUGGACUGGGUGAUAUACAUGGGUCCCUUCCAAACCCUAUGAUUCUGUGGUUCUGGAGGCUUGCUAACUCAGUAGGUACAUAGUCUUUACUAUACUUUAUGUUAGUCUUUACUAACAAAAUAUUUAAAAGACAGUUGCCGCUUGUGUUAGACAUGACUAGUACUAACGUGUGACCCCUUUGCUUUGUUCCAAACCUGCAAGUGAAAGAGACAGUAGGCUCUUCCACAGAGGAGUCACGAGACCAUGGAGAGCUUUGUAUGCCCUCACAGUCACCAUACUAGCCUCUCCAUCUCUCUUUCUCACCAGUUCUUGCAGACAGCAGUCUAUGCAGUGCACUGAUUAAACUGCACAGAGGGUCUUUGCAAUUGCAGUUUCUAUGCUGCUGUCUCCUGUAGUAAAAGGAAAUUGAACACACUGAUAAGCUGCCAGCAUUUUAAGAAGAACCUCCAUGAAAUGUUCCCUUUUGCCUGUGAUAAACUUCUGAUAACCAGAAGUGUAUGUGAGAGACUCAGGAAUCUGCCCAUUUGUUUUACUGUUUAAACAAAACCAUGUUUAUAAUUUGCAAGUACAGAGAGAGCCAAUGAGAUUUGGCAAACAAUUUUGCUGUUAAGUGCACUUACUGUAAAUGUUUAGAGGUUGUAUCUAGUACAAUAAGUAUUUAACAUGUAAUAUGGAGCAUGCAAGAAAUGCCCUUCAUUGGGAGAGCUGGUAUUUUUGGGUGUGGAGGGGAAUUCUUCAAGUAGUGUGUCUGUGCAGAGGUACGAGCUUCCCUGUCCCAGGCACAAGGACAAAAUGCAGGGACAAUGAAGGGCAGGUUGUUUCAUCACAUCACAAUCAUUUCCACUCCUGGUUCCAACCUGCCCACCCUUCUCUUUUCUAUGUCCAGACUUGUACCUCUUAACCCCAGGCCUCUUCAUGAUACUCGGAAAAGUCAUCUCACAAAGAGACAAGUCUGCUGCCUCUUCUCUCUGUUCCCUCUUAUUUUCCUUUCUCCCUCUCUUCUUUUUGUUUAUUUCUCCCUUCCCCCUUGCCUUCCUUUCCUUUUUCUUUUUCUGUGCAUGGACAUGUUUCUCCCAGAAUACAUCCACAGUUUUAAUUUAACCAUAGGUCGGUUAGACUGGAUUGGGGCUAGAGAGCUUAAACAUGGAAAUAAAUAUGUUCAUGCACAGAUUUGCAAAGUCACAUGAAAAUAAGAAGUUUUAACUGCAGUGCUAGUAGAACAUACCUGGUUUAUAGCUAUUUUUGUGCUAAUUCCCACUUCAUUAACAUUUUAAAGGAAAGAGGUCUCAGGUAAAGGGCUGAUUGACCCCUUGCCUUGUUAGAGAAGCUGAUCACUUGCAUAACAAGCAAAACAAAGUGCCUGCUUCAGCAAAAUAACAGCAAAUAAAGUUGACAUUCCUAAGUACUAAUCAAUAGGGAAGGGGUAUUAUUAGUAUCUUAAAAAAAAACAUGAAAAGGGAAACGUCCCAUUUUUUUCCUCUCCCAAAACUUAAUUGGUGAUCCAUGAGUAAUGAGUGCCCUGGUGAUGGGCUUUAAAUGGCAUGGCAUAUGUAAUGUAAAGCAGCCCCAUGGGCUUGACUGCUGGAUGUAAUGAUCAGGAAGCCAAAAUACACAACUGCUAAAUAAAUCACACUUUGUGAAAAUGGA